AUGCAAUUUGACCCUUCGCAACACAUACCCGUCUCGCUCCCUCAAAAACCGUCUCUAAAACGUGCAUAUUCACCAGACAACGCUUCCUUGUCUUCCCCGCAAAUACCCUCUUCAUCCGGCCCUCCUACCAAGCUCCCGAAGGGCAACCCAUCGAAUACUCAAAUGCGCUCCGCCUCCUCUUCGGCGAGACAGUCUCCCGCCUAUCGCAACUCCAGGCUUCAUCGCACAGGCGGUCCUUCUUACAGAAAGCCGAAGGAAGACAGACUUGCUUCGCUCUACGCACUUCCCCAGCCGGACGACCCCAUUCACGACCUAGCUUACCUCCAACGGGAAUAUGAUACGACAAGUCUCAAAGAAGCAUGGAAGCUGAAUCCAAAGUCCCCCAUCUCUAAUUACUGCAAUGAUAUUGGCGUUCGUGCACCAAAAUAUGAGACCAAAGAGGUUCUCAUCGAUGGAAAGCUGGGUUUCAGAACGACAGUCGAAAUAGAAGGGACGCCCCAAAUUAUCGGGACCGGGGACUCAACGAACAAAAAAGACUCCGUAUUUCUUUCGUCCUCGUCAGCACUCUUUCAGCUUCACAGUCUCGGUCUGUUGACGGGUGCUAAAAAGGCGGGUGCUCAGAAGUCACAACAACAGGGCAAGGGUGCCGCCCCGCCCUCAACACUAUCCGACGGUACUGUGAUCGACUACGAACGGGCUCGCCAAUUCAUGGAAUACUAUUGUCGCCGCUAUAGUUUCGGCAAACCCGAUGUCGUAUACAACGAGAUCAAGGCACGCAAGCACAACUCGACCUGGGAAGCCAUCAUGCACGUUGGUGGCCGUCGUAUUGGGAUCGGUACCGGAAUCAACAAGAAGAAUGCGCAAACGAACUGUUAUAUCGACGUCACCCAAUAUCUCGAGAGCUGCGAUACCGACUUAUGGAAGGACUUCCUGGAUGCCUCGGCAUCUGGCAAGGAUCUCGGAAUGGCUCCCAAGGUUCUCUUUCAGAUGAGCGACGGACUCGAGGACGAGGUUCGUGAUCUGUGCAUUGACAUUCGCAAGAGCGCGCUCUAUCAGAACCGGCCAGCCUCCGCCGUCGAUGCAUCCAGUGCGACUUCAAACGCUCGACCUCCCGUCUACCGUGCGCCUGCUCAUCCCUCUUAUGUCGCGGACAAAUCGAAACGGUUAUUGGAUCAAAGGCAAGCGUACCUGACCAACCCGCAGAUGGAAAAGAUGCGCUCCACUCGCUCCACUCUACCUGUCUAUACCCGUUCUCAAGACGUACUGGACCACGUUCGCGACCACGAAGUUACCAUCCUCAUGGCUGCGACUGGUUCAGGAAAGACGACCCAAAUCCCACAACUCAUUCUCGACCAUGCCAUCGAGCGCGGCGAAGGUGCCAAAUGUAACAUCGUUUGCACUCAGCCGCGUCGUAUUGCCGCUAUCAGCGUCGCCGAUCGUGUAGCCAAGGAACGGGGAGAGCAAGUUGGUCGAGGGUCUGUCGGUUAUACCGUCCGAUUCGAACAUAAACCCCCGGAGGAGCAUGGCUCCAUCACGUUCUGCACGACCGGUAUCUUCCUCAAACGUAUGCAGACCGCUUUGCAAGAAGGAUCGUCGCAGGGGGGGCCCAGUAUGGACGACGUGACGCAUGUCAUUGUGGACGAGGUUCACGAGCGAGACGUCGACACAGAUCUCUUACUCGUCGUCCUCAAGCGACUUUUGGCAGAUCGCAAGGCGAGGGGAAAGCCUAUCAAGGUGAUCCUGAUGAGCGCUACCAUCGACCCCACUCUCUUCCAGCAAUACUUCCCCGACGAGAAGGGCAUUCCGGCCGCUGUCAUCGAGGUCCCAGGGCGAUCGUUCCCCGUCGAGAAGCACUUCCUCGAUGAUUUCUUGCGAGAACUUCCCCGAGACUCUUGGGCUUUCAAAGAACGCUCCGUGAUGCAGUAUCUCGAGCAGGAGUUACCUUCAACUUCGGGGCCCCGAAUGGGCGGUGCACAGAGCGAUUCUGAGAACGACAAUCGUCCCGAGAGAGAAUUGGAGAUGCCGCAUCCUCUCAUCGCUCUCACAAUCGCGCACGUGAUGCGGAAGACUGACGACGGACACGUUCUCGUUUUCCUACCUGGUUGGGAAGAUAUCUCAGCUUUGAACCGCAUGCUCCAAGAAAGGCCGCUCGGACUUCCCUUUAACGACAAAAGCAAAUACUCUAUCCACCUUCUCCAUUCCACCGUCCCCGUAGCUGAACAGCAGGUCAUCUUCGAGCCACCCCCGGCCGGUGUCAGACGAAUCAUCCUUGCCACCAAUAUCGCGGAGACAUCGGUCACCAUUCCCGAUGUCGUAUACGUCGUCGACAGCGCGAAGGUCAAAGAGCAACGCUACGAUCCUCAACGCCACAUGUCGUCUCUCGUCUCUGCCUGGGUCGGUAGCUCUAAUCUCAAUCAACGAGCCGGCCGUGCGGGUCGACACAGACCCGGAGAGUACUAUGGAAUCUUGAGCCGGAAGAGGGCGAAUGAGCUCGCUCCUCACCAGUUGGUCGAGAUGAAGCGGGUGGACCUGACGAACGUCGUCAUGCACGUCAAGGCGCUUGACUUCCCUGGCAUGGCCGUCGAAGAGGUUCUAGCCGCAACCAUCGAACCACCUUCGGCAGAACAGGUAGACGCCGCCAUGAACGAUCUCAAGAUCGUCGGUGCCAUCGACUCUCUACAGAACCUUACACCACUUGGGCGCGUCCUUCUUCAGAUCCCUGUCGAAGUGCAAGUCGGUCGGCUUGUCUUGUACGGCAGCUUCUUCCGUUGUCUCGACCAAGCAUUGACGCUGGCGGCCAUCUUGACGAACCGUGAUCCAUUCGUCUCUCCUAUGCAUCUCAAGCAGGAAGCCUCGGCCGUGAAAGCAUCCUGGACUCCGCAAGAGUUCCGCUCUGAUACUUUCGCGGCUCUGCAAGCUUACAAUCAAUGGUGGGCGAUGCAGAGUAGGGGGGAUUACCACUCUGCCAAUCGCUUCUGCUCAGACAACUUCCUGUCGAAACCUACUCUCCUCAUGGUCGACAAAAUCAAGAAACAUUUACUGGACGCACUCAUUCGUGCCGGUGUUGUCGAUGUCUCUGCGGGCGGCCAGGUUGAUCGAUGGAACAUGGGAAGGGGAAAUCAGAUUCAGGUGCCGCCAGAGUUGAAUGUGAACGGCGAGUCGCAGCCUCUGUUGGCUGCACUGAUCGCUGUGGCCACGCAGCCCAAGUAUGCGAUACAAACUGGCGAGAGGUCUUUCCGUACACAACAGGAUAAGAUGGUGUUCAUCCAUCCUUCCAGCGUCAACGCUCGCAAGAGAGGGUCAACUCACACAGAGGGUCCCAUCACAAGCAAACAAAUCAUUGCCUUCGCUGAGAAACGCCAGAACAUCUCGGCAGGCGGAGCUAGUGCUCAGAAUGCUCAGACAUCGCUUGUUACGACGACCCUCCUGGACCCUAUGACUUACGUCCUGUUCGGUGCAUAUCGCAUCGAAGUCACCGAGCGCGGGUUGGAGUGCGACGACUGGCUGCCCAUCAUCGGCAAUGUUUACGCGUUGGAUGAUAUUCAGCGGCUGAAGACGAUGAUGGAAGCCUGCUUGUCUCGUGUCUUCCAGGGUCUCGUCAUGAAGAACCGUAGGCAACCACGCAAUAUCGCUCCGGUGACAUCUCGGGAAGAGGAGGAAUCGGGAGACGAGGACGAUGACACCCAGAGGGACUUGUCGCUUUCGGAUGUGGAGGUCAGGCAGUUGGACUUCUUGACGCGGGAUAUUGUUAGGAUAUUGAACCGAUACGCUGAGGAACGGAUUGCCACACAGUCGAGGAACAGCUCUAGACCUGUCACGCCCAUGGGUUCACCGUCAUUCGGAGGACAGGCUCGUUUGCCGCAGCUGAAUACGCUCUCGGGGACUUCGUCGCCGUACGGGGGUCCUCGCUCUGCCUUCAGCUCGCGGCCGAGCACACCCAGUCGGCUCUCCACGAGGCUCGGUUAA